GCAUUCCCAAGAGAGCACAAUAUUAGAUUGUUUUGCCGGCUAAUCAUUUAAACAUGCCGAAUUCAAACAGCUCCACAUCUUCCACAAAGAGCAUCCGAAGAGCCCCGUCUGAACUCGAGCGCUCCGAUUCUAUCACGUCUCAAAGGUUUGUGGGAAGGCGACAGAGUUUGAUCGAGGACGCGCGCAAGGAGCGCGAGGCGGCGGCCGCGGCGGCGGAGGCUGCGGGUCUGAGCGAGCAGAUCGUGUUCGAGGAGAGCGAUGGAAAAGCGUUCCUCAGUCUGUUCUUCUCUCUGAGGAGUUCAAAGAGCCCGGCGCUGUCCCGCACUCUCAAGGUUUUUGAGACAUUUGAAGCCAAGAUCCAUCAUCUUGAGACCAGGCCCAGUCGAAAGCCCAAGGAUGGUUUGGAAGAUCUGGAAUAUUAUGUUCAGUGUGAGAUGCAUCUGUCGGAUGUGAGCACGCUGGUCAGCUCCCUAAAGAGAAGUGCAGAGGAUGUCAAAACCACAAAAGAGGUUAAAUUUAAUUGGUUUCCCAGAAAAAUUGCUGAACUGGAUAAGUGCCAUCAUCUUGUCAGCAAAUUUGACCCAGAUCUGGAUCCGGAUCAUCCAGGCUUUACUGACCCUGUUUACCGAAAGCGACGGAAGAUGAUUGGAGACAUUGCCUUUAAAUACAAACACGGUGAGCCGAUUCCUCGAGUGGAGUACAUGGAAGAGGAAAUCGGAACAUGGCGUGAGGUUUACUCAACCCUGAGAGAUCUGUACAAAACUCAUGCCUGUAGUGAACAUUUAGAGGCCUUCCAGUUACUGGAGAAGCACUGUGGCUACAGCCCCGAUAACAUCCCUCAACUAGAGGACGUGUCCCGCUUCCUAAAAGAGCGCACAGGAUUUCAGCUGAGGCCGGUGGCAGGACUCCUCUCGGCACGAGACUUUUUGGCCAGUCUGGCUUUCCGUGUGUUCCAGUGCACACAGUACAUACGUCAUGCAUCCUCUCCAAUGCACUCCCCUGAACCGGACUGUGUCCAUGAACUUCUUGGUCAUGUACCUAUUCUGGCAGAUAGAACAUUUGCACAGUUUUCCCAGAGUAUUGGUCUGGCCUCUCUUGGAGCCUGUGACGAAGAUAUUGAGAAAUUGUCGACGCUUUAUUGGUUCACAGUGGAGUUUGGAUUGUGUAAGCAGGCAGGGACAAUCAAAGCGUAUGGAGCAGGACUACUGUCUUCUUAUGGCGAGCUGGUGCAUUCACUCUCAGAUGAGCCAGAGAGACGGGAGUUUGACCCGGACAUUGUAGCUGUUCAGCCAUACCAAGAUCAGACUUACCAACCAGUCUAUUUUGUGUCCGAAAGCUUCUCUGAUGCCACAGAGAAACUGAGAGCAUAUGUGACACACAUCAAGAGACCAUUUUCUGUGCGGUUUGACCCGUACACAGACAGCAUAGAAGUGCUGGACAACCCGUUGAAGGUCAAGUUAGGACUGGAGUCCAUUAAAGAUGAACUGAAGAUACUCACAGACGCCCUGAAUGUGCUGGCUUGAUUUUGCCGUGAUGAUCCAGUCAGCUGUCUCAUUCCCUCCAUGCUUCACGUGUGACAGUUUCAUCAUUGUGCUGUGUGUCUACAUCCACAUCUGCUGCUACAGACGCUGUUGCUUUUAAAAAGUGCCAUCUCAAAACCUCGCAUCGGAACUUGAUUCCAAAAACCAUAAUGGAUAACUCGAAAACGAAAUUGUGUCAAUAUGACUUAUUUUUAUUUUUGAAUGGAACGGUAACACUUUACAAUAUGGGUCCGUUUGUUAACAUUAGUACAGCAUUAGUUAACAUAGAAAUAACAGUGAACAAUACUUUUACAGCAUUUCUGAAUCUUGUUUAAUGUUCAUUUCAAGAUAUAAUAACAUCAACGAAGAUUAAUAAAUGCUGUAUAUAUACUUAAAAAUAUAUACUUUCCAUUGUUUGUUCAUGAUACCUAAUACAUUAACUAAUGUUAAAGAAUCGAACCUUAUUGUAAAGUGUAACCAAUAGAGCAUAUGAAGUGUAAAUCUGUUAUAAACGUUAUUAAAGAUAAUGAUGCCAAAAGCUAUAAGUAUUUAUGAAGUAUCUCCAGACAAGGUAG